UUUGUUUACAUCUGAGAUUCUUGAAUUAUUUUAGCCUAGCCUAUAUUUCAGCGUAAUUGGUAAUUUCUUAUCAGUAUUAUGCUUGUUAUUUAAACUUGUUAAGCAGAAUGUUGUAUUUAGGAAAUUGAUUGAAUGAUACUGAAUAGAAUGUCCUUAAUCUACUUUUGAAACAAAGGCAUUUUAAACUGAUCAACAUGCAUAGAUUAAUGUUAUUCAAUAAACAGUUACAUGUGGGGAGCGAUGAUUUCGUGUUUUCUGCAUCACUUGAGAUACUGAUGAAGUUUAUUGGCAUCAUUUUCAUAAUAGUGGAGUUUGUUCGCUACCUUCAUGACUUUGAGUGUAGUACAGGACACUUAGUUCACAGUUAUUUAAGUGGCCUGAUGGUGUUUUUUGCAUUGACUGUUGCCGUUGACUACAUGAUUGUACAAGUUAGCAUGAGAGGUACCAUCGUAGAUGACAGUCCCAGGAAGAAUAUUACUAAGUUUUUGUAUACAAGGCUUGUCAUACUUGUAACAGAAUUUUUCUGGACUAUUUAUGGGACAGCAUCAAUAACUUUACACAUGCCAGUUUGUGAUUCACAACCACGUGUGUACUGGCUGGCAUGUGCUGCUGUCAUACUUGGCUGGCUUGCAAUCAUUGUACAAGUAGUCCUUAUAUUGUUUGUGUUUGAAUUUAAGUCAGACAGGAAUAAAGCUAUCAUCACCAAACAUGACUGGGAGAAAAGAUGGAAAGGUUUGUUUUGUUGUCUCAGUUCAAAUGAAAACCAACAUAUUUUUUCAACACUGUCAAGGGUUUGCAUGCAACUAUUCAAGAAAGAAGAAGAGCUGGUUGCCAGUGAUAUACUAGCAGGUUUAAUACUGGUUUACAAUAAACAACAUCAGACUAGACAACAACUAGAUGUAGUUGAUGCUCCAUUACUUACCAGUAGACUGAGAUGCAAACCUUAUAAAACAGUACCCUCUCCUGCAAUGUGCCGUAAAUCAUGGAUGACUUUCAGUGAGGCAGCACUAUAUAUGAAAUAUGCUCUGGGAAGCUAUGGAUGGUUCUACUACAUUGGUCUUAACAACCCAGUAGUGGCCACAUGUAAAUUAAUGCCAAGACUCAAUUGGGGUAUGAAGGAACCUCCAGGUCAUAUUGUGAAAGAUGAUAAACUUCUAGCUAACACAGCAGCAUUCUGUUUACAAACUGGCUGUUCCAUUGAUGAUCUAGUCCAUGUGUCUUUCCUAAAUGAGAUUUAUGCAAUUCCAUUCUAUGUUUGUAUUGACAAUGAAAACCAGUCGGUUAUUGUCGCAAUAAGAGGAACUCUAUCUUUAGAGGAUAUUCUAACAGACUUGGUUGUUGAGAGGGCUCCAGUAUGUUUUGGGGGUAUUAAAGGUUCAGUCCAUACAGGGAUGUACCAAUCUGCCAUAUAUAUACGUAACAAAAUUCUUUUGGAGGGUAUACUUGAGAACGCUUUCAAGAGAGUGGAGGGGUAUAGACUGGUUAUAACAGGUCACAGUCUUGGAGCAGGUGUAGCUGCUUUACUAGCACUAGAGUUAAGAUCCAUAUAUCCAGAUCUGAUCUGUUUUGCGUAUGCUACACCAGGGGAGCUUGUCAGUGAUAGUUUACUAUCAUAUACUGAGGAGUUUAUCUGUACUGUAGCUCUUGGUUAUGAUGUUGUGCCACGUCUUGGACUUGUAGAAGCAAUUAAAUUAAGAAUUGAUAUAUUAGAAGCCAUCAGAAAUUGUUCAUUACCAAAGCACCAAGUGAUAGCAGGGAAAUGUUGGACAAAGAUAUUUGGAAAAGCUGAUUUAGAUCAUUUACCAACUGUUCAUACAGAACUUAAAUCUGCUAAAUGGUUCGAUCAAUAUAUAAUUGAAGAGACUUUAGAAAAGGAAAAAAUCAUAGCAAAUUUUGAGCCUCUGUAUCCUCCUGGACAGAUAUUACAUGUUCUAGAGAAAAAAGAUUCUAACAGAGCGUGGAAUGCAUCACCAGAAUAUUAUGCGGAAUGGACUGACCGUCAGACAUUUGCAGAGAUAGUUUUAAGCAAGCGUAUGAUAGCACAUCAUUUUCCUGACACAUUAUUGUAUGCUUUAAGACAGCUUGCUGAACAUGACCACCUAGACCUGAAGAAAGACAACUAGUAAUAUGCAAAAGCAUACUAUUUUUGAUAAAUUUUGGCAAUGUUUUCUGUGUUUACACAAAUUCUUAGAUGAUUUGACAAAUUCAUAUUUUUAUCAGUUAUUGCUUAAGUUGGAGGGUUGAUCGUCAGUUAUAAUAGGUGUAUCUCAAUAAAUUGUGCCAUUUAUUGUAAAUUGUGCCACUUAUUGUCAGUGUAUGCAAUUUACAAAAUAGUAGUGUGCUUUUAUUGGUUACAUAAGCUUGAUUUCCUUGUUAAUUACCCUAGAGGAGAAUAUUAUGUACCUGAUAUGACAUCCUGUUGACAAUUAAUUGGUAGAUCUUUUUUUUUAGCACUAUGGAUUAUUCUGAUGUGAUAUUCUGUAUACAGAUUGGCAUAUCACUUACUGCAAUAAUUUUAGAUAUAAUUCACUGUGAGAAUUUUACAUUGAUUUAAUAUACUGUAUACAGAUUGGCAUAUCUAGCACUGUGAGAAUUUUACAUCAAUUAUAUAUACUGUAUACAGAUUGGCGUGUCUCACACUGCGAGAAUUUAUACAUUAAUAUAAUAUACUGUAUACAGAUUGGCAUAUCUCAAAUUGCGAGAAUUUUACAUUGAUAUAGUGUACUGUAUACAGAUUGACAUAUCUCACACUGCGAGAAUUUUACAUUGAUAUAGUAUACUGUAUACAGAUUGGCAUAUCUCAAAUUGCGAGAAAUUUACAUUGAUAUAGUGUACUGUAUACAGAUUGGCAUUUCUCAAAUUGCGAGAAUUUUACAUUGAUAUAAUAUACUGUAUACAGAUUGGCAUAUCUCAAAUUGCGAGAAUUUUACAUCAAUUAUAUAUACUGUAUACAGAUUGGCAUGUCUCAAAUUGCGAGAAUUUUACAUUAAUAUAAUGUACUGUAUACAGAUUGACAUGUCUCAAAUUGCGAGAAUUUUACAUUAAUAUAAUGUACUGUAUACAGAUUGGCAUAUCUCAAAUUGCGAGAAUUUUACAUUAAUAUAAUGUACUGUAUACAGAUUGGCAUGUCUCACACUGCGAGAAUUUUACAUUGAUAUAAUGUACUGUGUACAGAUUGGCAUAAUUAUCUCAAAUUGCGAGAAUUUUACAUUGAUAUAGUGUACUGUAUACAGAUUGGCAUAUCUCAAAUUGCGAGAAUUUUACAUUGAUAUAAUGUACUGUAUACAGAUUGGCAUGUCUCACACUGUGAGAAUUUUACAUUGAUAUAAUGUACUGUAUACAGAUUGGCAUGUCUCACACUGUGAGAAUUUUACAUUGAUAUAAUGUACUGUAUACAGAUUGGCAUGUCUCACACUGCGAGAAUUUUACAUUGAUAUAAUGUACUGUAUACAGAUUGGCAUAUCUCAAAUUGCGAGAAUUUUAUAUUGAUAUAAUGUACUGUAUACAGAUUGGCAUAUCUCAAAUUGUGAGAAUUUUACAUUGAUAUAAUGUACUGUAUACAGAUUGGCAUAUCUCAAAUUGUGAGAAUUUUACAUUGAUAUAAUGUACUGUAUACAGAUUGGCAUGUCUUACACUGUGAGAAUUUUACAUUGAUAUAAUGUACAGUAUACAGAUUGGCAUGUCUCACAC